AUGUCCAGUGAUAACCAAGAUCCAUCAACGCCGACACCGUCGGUGUCUUCGCCGUCAUCGGCACGUGCCAAGAUGCUGAGGAAGAUUCCGCCGAUCCCGAUUCGUCGCGGCAAGAAUGAUGAGCUGGAAGAUACUAAUAAUAAUAACAAUAAUAAUGAUGAUGAUAAAGGUAACAAGGAGCUAUCGGAAAGCGAGAAGUCGGCUAUACUCUUAGCGUCUUCUCUUGGUUUAAACCAUAUUAAAACGAGAUCCGCGUCGUCUCCAUCGCCUCUUAGAUUUUCUUCUUCAGCUGGUUUUCCGAAUCUCAAGAAUGAGGCCAAGAACGAUAAGGUUAACGCUGAAACGGUGCCUAAAUUCGUUGCUCCUACUGAAAGCAAAAUAGCCAGGACCAUGACGGAACCAGGGAAAAAGGUUCAAUGGAGUCAAUCAAAAUCGUUAAGAUUUACAUCACCUCUCAAUACAGAGUUGGAGGAAAUGCAAUCGCCACGUUUCCAGGCUAUACUGCGUGUCACUAGUGGCCGUAAGAAGAAAGCCUCAGAAAUCAAGAGCUUCUCUCAUGAACUCAAUUCUAAGGGAGUACGGCCUUUUCCCGUUUGGAAAUCCCGAGCAUUGGGCCACAUGGGGGAGAUUAUGGUAGCAAUCCGGGCAAAGUUUGAGAAGUUGAAGGAGGAAGUUAAUGCUGACUUGGGAGUACUAGCUGGUGACUUGGUGGGUAUCCUGGAAAAGGCUUCAGAUACUCAUCCUGAAUGGAAGGAGGGUUUGGAGGAUCUGUUGGUGGUAGCUCAAAAAUGUGCUACGAUGUCACCAACUGAAUUUUGGGUGAAAUGUGAAUAUAUUGUUCAGACUCUAGAUGAUAGACGUCAAGAACUACCGAUGGGGAUUCUCAAACAAGCCCAUACCCGCCUACUUUUUAUCCUCACUCGAUGUACUAGGCUUGUACAGUUUCAGAAAGAGUCUGGUUGUGAACAAGAUAACAUUUUGGGACUACACAAACUUAGCGAUCUUGGAGUUUAUCCAGAGCAAAUAUUGGAAGUUGCACAGCAGGACUUUAGUGGCCCAUUGACUGGUGGGAAGGUGGUGAAUGAGAAGCAGAGGAAGAAGACACAUGGGCAGGAACAGGGCAGUCAGAUUUUGAAACAAGAUCAAGAUGACGAACUGAGUGGUGAAACUGAAAAUGUGGAGGUUAGCACCGCCAAAAGUACUGAUUCAAAUACAAGCGGCUAUAGGAUGUCUUCUUGGAAGAAACUUCCAUCUGGAGCUAGGAGAAAUCGUAAGGGCUCGGAUGCUGUUGAUACGCCCUCUAAGGAGAAAUCAGAGCCCUUUCGAACCAAGGAUCAAAACAAAGCUGUGAGUGAUGACGGGACUGGAAAUUUGGAUGCGCCAUUCCAUCUCCCAUCCUUAGAAGCACCGAAGGCUUCUUGGGGAUUCUGGGGGGAUCAUCAACAUGUAACAUUUGAAAAUUCGAUGAUCUGUCGUAUUUGUGAGGUAGAAAUACCAAUUGUGCAUGUUGAAGAGCACUCUCGAAUAUGCACGAUCACUGACAGAUGUGACCUGAAAGGUCUAACUGUAAAUGAACGUCUUGAAAGAGUUGCUGAAACUCUUGAAAAGAUAAUGGAUUCAUGCACACCGAAGAGCACACCCAGAAGCACUGAUUCCCCAAGAGGAAGUUCGGAAGUUUCAAGAGGGCUUACAACAAGUAUGAAUGACGAUUUAAAUGAGAUGUCAUCAAAGACAAUUAGCUUGCGUCGACAAUGCUCCGAAGACAUUCUUGAGCGCGUUUCUGAAGCUGAACAUGCUUUUGUCAUGGAAGAUCUGAAUGUUUUGCCCGAAAUAUCAUGUGACAAAAGUUCUACACAGACUGUUCCUGAUGUCGGCACAAAAACCCCAUCACCAGGAAGCUUGACCCCGCGAUCACCAUUAUUAACACCACGCACCAGCCAGAUUGAAUUGCUAUUGAGUGGACAACGAACUCUAACAGAACUUCAAAACUCCCAGCAGAUAAGCAAGUUACUGGAUAUAGCACGCUGCCUUGCAAAGUUAAAUUAUUGUGAGUAUGGUACACUGGAGAAAAUGCUUGAUCGUUUGGAAGAUCUAAAAUACGUUAUCCAGGAUAGGAAGGUGGAUGCCCUUCUGGUAGAAACUUUUGGACGGCGUAUAGAGAAAUUAUUGCAGGAGAAAUAUGCAUAUCUUUGUGGACAGAUAGAAGAUGAAAAGGCAGACUCAUCAAAUGCCAUGGCUGAAGAAGAGAGUUCAAUGGAUGAAGAUCCGAUGCGUAGUCUGCGUGCGAGCCCAAUCAAUCCAUGUUCUAAGGAUCGAACAUCCAUAGAAGAUUUUGACAUAAUAAAACCAAUCAGCCAAGGGGCAUUUGGGCGAGUUUUCCUAGCCAGAAAAAGAGCAACUGGUGACUUAUUUGCUAUAAAGGUCUUAAAGAAGGCUGAUAUGAUUCGUAAAAACGCAGUUGAAAGUAUUUUGGCUGAGCGCAAUAUCCUCAUAUCAGUUCGCAACCCUUUUGUGGUCCGGUUUUUCUACUCGUUCACUUGCAGGGAAAAUCUUUAUCUGGUCAUGGAGUAUUUAAAUGGUGGAGAUCUCUACUCUCUGUUGAAAAACCUUGGUUGCUUAGAUGAAGAUAUGGCCCGUGUAUACGUUGCAGAACUUGUUCUUGCUUUGGAGUAUUUGCACUCUGCAAAUGUCAUUCAUAGAGAUAUAAAGCCAGACAACUUGUUAAUUGGUCAAGAUGGUCACAUCAAGUUGACAGAUUUUGGGCUCUCUAAGGUUGGUCUUAUCCACAGCACAGACGACUUAGCAGGUUCAUCACUCAGUGGUGCUGGAUUUCUUGGAGAAGAACCAAAAACUCAACCUUCAUUGAAUAGAGAACAGCGCCAAAAGCAUUCAGUAGUUGGCACUCCUGAUUAUUUGGCACCUGAAAUACUUCUUGGCAUGGGACAUGGUGCAACCGCUGAUUGGUGGUCUGUUGGUGUUAUUCUAUUUGAGCUGCUUGUUGGUAUUCCACCAUUCAAUGCAGAAACUCCACAGCAAAUUUUUGACAAUAUAAUGAAUAGAGAUAUACCCUGGCCUGAGAUACCUGGGGAAAUGACCUAUGAAGCUUAUGAUUUAAUUGACAAAUUGUUAACUGAAAAUCCAGUUCAAAGACUAGGAGCAACAGGAGCCAAAGAAGUGAAGAGACAUCCUUUCUUCAAGGAUAUCAGCUGGGACACGCUUGAAAUGCAAAAGGCUAUGUUCAUACCAGUAGCAGACACUCUUGAUACUAGUUACUUUGUGAGCCGUUAUGUGUGGAAUCCAGAAGAGGAAAAUUUUCAGGGAGGUAGUGAUUUUGAUGACAUGACAGACUCGUGCAGCAGCGGUUCACUCAGCAUCACACAUGAAGAGGAUAGGGAUGAAUGUGGCAGUUUAGCAGAAUUCAAUUCCUCAACUCUUUUGCAGUACUCUUUUAGUAAUUUCUCAUUCAAGAACUUGUCGCAGCUGGCUUCUAUCAAUUAUGAUAUGGUGGUAAAGAGCUCCAGGGAAUCAAAAGAAGCCUCCAAACCACCUGUUCCAUGA